AUGAAACAUAUUUGGGAUGGAGAUUGGGUGGUGGAUUCUCAGAAUCUCAAGAUAAGGAAAUGGGAACCAAAUUUUAAUCCAGAAUCACAUAAAACAUCAAUGGCUUAUGUUUGGGUUCAGUUUCCUGGACUGAAUAUCGAAUAUUUGAAGGAGAAAAUAUUAUUACAUAUUGGGAAGGCUUUAGGGAGACCAAUUAAAGUUGAUGAAACUACUCUUAAGAAGGAAGUAGGUUAUUAUGCAAGUAUUUUAGUGGAAAUGGAUUUAGCUAAAGCAAUUCCAAUCAAAAUCUGUGUGGAAUCUAAAUAUGGGAAGUUUGAACAGGCAAUGAAUAUUCCUAAUCUCCCUAAAUUUUGUUAUCAAGAUAGUAGGACACAUUUCACUGCAGAAUGCAGAAACAAAAGAAGAGAGCAAGAACAACAUACAGAUACUGCAGAAAUUCCUAAAGAACCAAAGAAAAUCUGGAGAAGAGUAACUACAAAAAAAAAACCACAAGCUACUACAGGUUUUGAUAUAUGUUUUCCAGCAUCUGAGAUUGGUGAUCCAAGUUCCCCAGCUAUACAAAAUUUAGAAACUCCUCAAGAAGAAGUUUCCAAUUCAGGUAAAUUUCAUGCUCUACAAGAACUAAAUGAAGAGUCCUUUAAUUCUCAUAUUGCAUUCCCUGCAUUAUCAGUGGAAAAGCUCUUAAAUGCUGCUUCUGGUGCUCCAUCUAUUAAUAAAGUAAGUAAUAUUGUACCACCAAUUGGAAAGGGAGUUACUAAUGAAAAUGUUCCAAAAGUUAAACAGAAGACACAACAAGGGAGCAUUGUUACAACUAGCUAG